AUUGCGAGCAACAAAACAAAUCGGCAGGCAAAGAGGCUUGUUGUGUCACCUGACAUUUUAUCGUGAAUCAUCGGAUGUCUGCGUAUUGAUUAGUGCUUUGUAAUUCUCUCAUAUUCAAGUACAACUUCUAAAUAGCCGAAAUGUCUGCCAAAAGUGCUGUCCCCAGUAUGAAGAUACCUAGUAAAUCCGAAUUUAAGGACAAGGAGAAACCCGCCCAGAUACGAAGCAGCAACAUAGUUGCCGCUAAAGCUGUGUCAGAUGCCAUCAAGACCUCCCUAGGGCCACGGGGCAUGGACAAAAUGAUCCAAGAUAGCAAAGGAGAGGUUACAAUUACAAAUGAUGGGGCAACCAUCUUGAAGAAGAUGAAAGUACUCCAUCCAGCUGCAAAAAUGCUCGUGGAACUCUCCCAGGCUCAGGAUGCAGAAGCUGGUGAUGGCACCACCAGUGUUGUCAUUUUAGCAGGUGCUAUGUUGGAAACUGCACAAAUGUUGUUAACCAAAGGCUUUCAUCCAUCCAACAUUUCUGAUUCGCUUCUUCAUUUCGCAUCAAAAGCGGUAGAAGUUCUGGAGUCUAUGGCCAUUCCAGUUGACCUAUCGGAUCGUUCUUCUCUUCUGAAGAGUGCGAAUACCUCUCUUAAUUCCAAGGUUGUUCAUGAACAUUCUGGCAUGUUAGCCCCAAUGGCUGUAGAUGCAGUUCUCAAAAUUGUAGAUCCAAGCCAAGACACAAAUGUUGACCUUCAUGACAUUUGCAUCAUAAAGAAACUUGGUGAAACUGUAGAGGACUCACAGUUGGUUGAUGGCAUUGUUUUCACACAAAAGACUCAGGGUUUUGGAGGACCUAACAAAAUGGAGAAGGCUAAGAUUGGUCUGAUUCAGUUCUGCAUCUCGCCACCUAAAACUGAUAUGGAUAACACAGUGUUAAUUCGAGACUAUGCUGCCAUGGACCGUGUCUUGAGGGAAGAGAGACAGUAUAUUCUUAAUAUAACAAAGAAAAUCAAAGCUGCAGGUUGCAAUGUUCUUUUGAUUCAAAAAUCAAUUCUCAGGGAUGCUGUCAGUGAUCUUGCACUUCAUCUACUAGCUAAACAAAAGAUUAUGGUUGUGAAGGAUAUUGAAAGAGAAGACAUUGAGUUUGUUUGCAAAACUCUUGGUUGCCGACCUGUUGCAUCUCUAGAUCACUUCACACCUGAAUGCAUGGGGUCUGCAGAAUUGGCAGAAGAGAUACAGGCUGGUGGCAGCAAAUUUGUAAAGAUUACAGGCGUACAGAACCCUGGUAGAACAGUAUCCAUUUUACUCAGAGGCAGUAACAAACAGGUAUUGGAAGAAGCUGAUAGAUCUCUUCAUGAUGCCUUGUGUGUUAUUCGUUGUUUAGUAAAGAAAAGGUUCCUUAUUCCUGGUGGUGGAGCUCCAGAAGCAGAACUAUCAGUUAAACUUACUCAGUAUGCACAUUCUCUAACUGGCAUGGAUGCCUAUUGUUUUAGGGCUUUUGCUGAAGCUCUAGAGGUAAUUCCUGCCAUUCUGGCAGAAAAUGCUGGUCUCAGUCCUAUCUCAACUGUCACAGAAUUGCGCAACAGACAUGCACGUGGGGAGACCCAUGCUGGUGUUAAUGUACGGAAGGGUAGUAUUUCUAAUAUUAUUGACGAGAAUGUAUUGCAACCCUUGUUGGUGUCUACCUCUGCCAUUACUCUGUCAGCCGAGUGUGUGCGGUCCAUUCUCAAAAUUGAUGACAUUGUGAAUGUGAUUCGUUGAAAGCAAGGAUCUGGUUUUUGAUACUACCCAAGUGCUUUAAGCGUGCAGACGUCACCCUACUAAUUUUCUGCUGCUUUGCCUCACCUCCACAGUGUAUAAUUGUGAACAAAUUUAGGUCACCUGAAUAAUUGAAUUAAUCUAAACAAUAAAAUAUAUGAAUUAA